AUGUCCAGCCUCAGUGACCUCCUUGAUCGACAACCACCCACACCGUGGCAACAAUUUCUGACCCAGCCUUGCGUCUUCCUCGCGCAGAAGCUGUAUGCUUGGCAUAAAACUAUGCCCGGACAACCACCUACAAAUCCUGUUUCUAUUAUCUGCGUCUCUGAUACUCACAACCGUCAACCCAGCCUUCCGGAUGGAGGUAUUCUCAUUCAUGCUGGUGAUCUCACACAGUCGGGCUCGUCGAAGGAACUCCAGACAACACUCACUUGGUUAGACGCUCAGCCGCAUCCCACUAAAAUAGUUGUUGCCGGUAACCACGAUCUGCUACUUGACGCAAAGCGUGAUGACUCGGCCCAGGCUAUCGCUGAGCGGGUCCAGCUUGACUGGGGUGAAAUCAUUUAUCUGGAAAACAAGGAGACUACCGUUUCCUGUGCAAAUGGUCGCCGGCUCAGAAUCUACGGAAGUCCUCUUACUACACGCAAUGGUAACUGGGCCUUUCAGUAUCCUCGCAAUCAAGACCUAUGGGCUGGCUCGGUGCCUAGCGGGAUUGAUGUGCUAAUCACUCAUGGUCCGCCACGUGGCCAUCUUGACUUGCUAAAUCUAGGCUGUGAUCACCUAUUACAGGGGAUAUGGAGACUUAAGCCUAGACUGCAUGUGUUUGGACAUAUCCAUGCGGGUGCAGGCACUGAAUGGAUCUUGUUCGAUGCACUCCAGGAGGCGUACGAGCGCACCGUCAUUGCCCGAGGGGGAAUUUGGAAUAUUCUGCUUACUUUUCGCGAUUUUGUGAAAACAAGUUUCAAUCCGAGUGUGGAGGCAAGAUGCUUACUUCUGAAUCCAGCCGUAGUUGGAGGUUUGCGGGAUGAUCAACAAAGACAGCCUAUCAAAGUUGUCAUUUAA